AUGGGUUUCGAUGUUUCAGCACUAAUAAAAAUACAGGCAUUUAAAAAAUUUAAUCAAAAUACAAAAAGUAAUAAAUCGAGAAAAUCUACAGAAUGGACUUUAGAGCCGUUUGCGAUUAAGGAAGGUGUUCAGUCGACAACUCGAUACAGGAAAAACAAAUCUCUCAAAAUUUAUCGUCACCGUUUGAAAAGUUGCACACCAGAUAGAAUAUUUAUUGAAAAUUAG